AUGGUGACGCCUUUGCUGAGAUUAGCCUUCGUCGAGGGUCCGAGAGAAGGCGAUACACUAGAGUAUAAACCCGGUUCUACGAUUCGGGUUGGUCGCAUCGUUCGUGGUAAUGAGAUCGCAAUCAAAGACGCUGGAAUCUCCACGAAGCAUCUUCGGAUCGAGUCGGUUUCUGGGAAUUGGGUGAUUCAGGAUCUUGGAUCUUCGAAUGGUACUUUAUUGAACUCGAGUACUCUUGAAUCAGAGGCGUUGGUGGAUCUACGAGAUGGAGAUGUUAUCGAACUUGGUGAGUAUACAUCUAUUGUGGUGAGUUUUGUGAUUGAUGAUGUUCAGGAGGAGAAGAAGAAGCUUCCGCCUCGACCAAGGAUGGGCAAUAAGCGUCAGGGUAAUGCGGGUAAGCGAGUUAGAUUUUCCGAAAGUUGUGAUUUUGGGGAUGUCGAGGAAGAAAAGGGUUUUGAUGUGAAGAAUGUGGUGGAUAAGCCGAGUUCUAGGGUUAGGAAAGUUAGAAAGAUUGAGAAUUCUGAGAAAUUAGGGGUUUCUGAUGGAUUAGAAGAGGCGGAACAAUUGGGGGAGAAAAAGGGAAACUUUAGGGGUAUUGCUAGUAUCAAGAGUUCAUGUGUGAACUCGGUUAAAGUUGAAAUUAAGGAUUGUGCAAUGGUAGAGGAAGAUUCAGGGAGAGUAGUUAAGAAGAGAGUAAACAGUAAGGUUACAAGGAGCAAGGAGAUUGGGAGUGUAGAGGAAUCGUGUUUGGGGAUGGUUAAUGUAGAGAAGGAAGAGACUUUAAAGGAGAAGAGGGUUACAAGGGCUACAAGAAGCAAGAAGAUUGAUAUUGUUGGAGAUUCUUAUUUGGAUUUGGAGAUGGUUUUAAAACGAGCCAGAAAGAGUUGUGGGAAGAAGAAGAAGAAAGUAGAGCAAAAGUUGUUGAAGAGCUCUGAAGGUGAUGAGGAUAAUGAUGCUGGAGUGCAGGGUCCAAGCUGUCCUGUUGGAGAAGAUUUGAAGAGUGAGCUUGGUACAGUGGUGGAGGUGGACUUAGGAAAGAUGACAUUAGGAGCAUUGUUUAGCUUUUUGGAGGGUCAUCUGUCAAAAGAGAUAAAUCAAAAGACAGAAAGUAUGAUUGAGCCCAUGCGAAGUAAAACUCGAAGAGUUCGUGAAUAUAUUUCAGAGCAGAGACAAGUUCAGGAUAAAGAGUGUCGGUGUUGAAUUGAAAAAGUGUUCAACUGAUAUGGUGCAUGUACAUGUUUUCUUAUGAUGUGGACCUUAAUGCUGUGGCUUGGCUGUGUUGCUUAGAGUUUUGACUGCAAUGAUUUAAUUGCAUAGGUUUUGCGUGUGAGAUAAAGUAAACAGUGAAGUGCUGAUGUUUGAGUAAGUUUCAGACUUUGGUCCAUUUUAUAAUAAUGUUCAAGAACACCGCUGGGGGCUCAUAUAUCAGUUUCGAAUUAUACAAGUCAUGUCCUAUUGUCAUUUUAUUUUA